AUGCCUGGAUUCGAGUUCACCCGGGAGUCUGAGCAGACUCAGUUCGCCAUCCAGACGCAACCCGCUCCCUCUGCGGACACCCCUCCCUCGUCUGAGCCCGCGUCCCCCAUCAGCGGCGAUGCGCCCCGCCAUGAUGUCUACUACAACCCCCGCCUUGACCCGAAGAACUACUUGGAGGGACCUCUUUCCUCCAACCCCGCUACUCGUCUCCGCCAGAUGCUUGCCCGCCCGGGUAUCGUGGUUGCACCUGGUAUCUGCGAUGGUAUCAGCGCUCGCUGCGCUAUCGAAGCUGGCUUUGAAUGCUUGUACCAGAGCGGCGCUGCCACCACAGCAUCGAGGCUGGGCAUGCCCGACGUUGCCAUCGCCACGCUGAAUGAUUUCGUUCAGAGCGCAGAGAUGGUCUGCGGCAUCAACCCCUCCAUGCCCGUCAUUGCUGAUGCGGACACCGGGUUCGGUGGCCCGGCCAUGGUCGCACGCACACUAACGAAGUACGCAAAGGCGGGCGUUGCCGGCCUCCACAUCGAGGAUCAGGUCCAGACCAAGCGCUGCGGCCACCUCAUGGGCAAGCAGGUCGUCUCCCGGGAGGAGUUCCUCCAGCGCAUCCGCGCGGCGGUCAUCGCCCGCGACUCCAUCCCCGGCGGCUCCGACUUCGUCAUCAUCGGUCGCACGGAUUCUGCGCAGGUGCUGGGCAUGGAGGAGGCAGUCACGCGUCUGAAGCUCGCGGCUGACGCGGGUGCCGACGUGUGCUUCAUCGAGGGCGUGAAGACGGCAGACCUCCUUACGUCGACGAUCAAGGCUCUCGCGCCAAAGCCUGUCCUCGUCAACGUCAUUUCUGGCGGUCUCACGCCGUCCUUCACUUGCCAGGAGGCUGAGGCGCUGGGUGCGAAGAUCAUCAUCUUCUCCCUCGUCUCCUGCGUCGCUAUGGUGCACGCCGUACGGGAGGCGAUGCACCUGCUCAAGAAGACGGGCACCGACUUCUCGUCUGCGCGGGGCAUGGACCCGAAGGAGUUCUUUAAGGUCGUCGGUCUCGACGAGGUGAUCGAGCUCGAUGCCCAGGCGGGUGGUAUAGCGUUCGCGCAGGUAUAA